CUGGGCGCUGCUUCCCGGACCCGCCAGGGCCCUAUAAGGAGGCGCGGGGCCGCCGAGCGCCGGGAGGAGCAGCUGCCGGCCGCGGCCACCAUGGUGCGCAUCGUGACGGUGAAGACGCAGGCGUACCCCGACCAGAAGCCGGGUACCAGCGGGCUGCGGAAGCGCGUGAAGGUGUUCCAGAGCAAUGCCAACUACGCGGAGAACUUCAUCCAGAGCAUCGUGGCCACCGUGGACCCGGCGCAGCGGCAGGAGGCCACGCUGGUGGUGGGCGGGGACGGCCGCUUCUACAUGCGCGAGGCCAUCCAGCUCAUCGUGCGCAUCGCCGCGGCCAACGGGAUUGGGCGCCUGGUUAUUGGACAGAACGGAAUCCUGUCCACCCCGGCAGUGUCCUGCAUCAUCAGAAAGAUCAACGCCAUUGGAGGGAUCAUCCUGACGGCCAGCCACAACCCCGGGGGCCCCAAUGGAGACUUUGGCAUCAAAUUCAACAUUUCCAAUGGCGGCCCUGCUCCGGAAGCCAUAACGGAUAAGAUCUUCCAGAUCAGCAAGACCAUCGAGGAAUAUGCAAUUUGCCCGGACCUGAAAGUCGACCUCGGGGUUCUGGGAAAGCAGCAGUUUGACCUGGAAAACAAGUUCAAACCCUUCACAGUGGAAAUCGUGGACUCGGUGGCAGCAUAUGCCGCCAUGCUGAGAAACAUCUUUGACUUCAACGCCCUCAAAGAGCUGCUGUCGGGCCCCAACCGUCUGAAGAUCCGCAUCGACGCCAUGCACGGAGUCGUGGGGCCCUAUGUGAAGAAGAUCCUGUGUGAAGAACUUGGGGCGCCCGCCAACUCGGCGGUGAAUUGCGUUCCCCUGGAGGACUUUGGCGGCCACCACCCAGACCCCAACCUCACCUAUGCGGCGGACCUGGUGGAGACCAUGAAGUCGGGGGAGCACGACUUUGGAGCGGCUUUCGACGGCGAUGGGGACCGGAACAUGAUUCUGGGCAAGCACGGCUUCUUCGUGAAUCCCUCGGACUCGGUGGCCGUCAUCGCCGCCAACAUCUCCAGCAUCCCCUACUUCCAGAGGACGGGCGUCCAUGGCUUUGCUCGCAGCAUGCCCACCAGCGGCGCCCUGGACCGGGUGGCUCACGCCACAAAGAUUGCUUUGUAUGAGACUCCGACGGGCUGGAAGUUCUUCGGGAAUCUGAUGGAUGCCAGCAAACUGUCCCUGUGUGGGGAGGAGAGCUUUGGGACGGGCUCUGACCACAUCCGGGAGAAGGAUGGGCUCUGGGCUGUGCUCGCCUGGCUCUCCAUCCUAGCUGCCCGCAAGCAGAGUGUGGAGGACAUCCUCAAGGAUCACUGGCAGAAGUACGGCCGCAAUUUCUUCACCAGGUAUGAUUACGAGGAGGUGGAAGCCGAAGGUGCCAAUAAGAUGAUGAAGGACCUGGAGGCCCUGAUCGCCGAUCGCUCCUUUGUGGGGAAACAGUUCCCAGUAGGAGACAAAGUGUACACGGUGGAGAAAAUUGACAACUUUGAAUACAGCGAUCCCGUGGACGGCAGCGUCUCGAGAAACCAGGGCUUGAGGCUCAUUUUUGCGGAUGGUUCUCGCAUCAUCUUCCGGCUGAGCGGCACGGGGAGCGCAGGGGCCACCAUCCGGCUGUACAUCGACAGCUACGAGAAGGACAUCGCCAAGAUCUACCAGGACCCCCAGGUCAUGCUGGGCCCCCUGGUCUCCAUCGCGCUGAAGGUGUCGCAGCUGCAGGAGAGGACGGGGCGUACCGCCCCCCACGGUCAUCACCUAAGGAGCCAGCCGAGGGGGCCAUGCCCGCCCCAGACUGUCGCCGGGGCCUCUGAUGGAAGCUGCGUCUGCCCCCACCUCUGGGCUGACCAUGAAAGGCACCAGCACCGUGGACACCUCGGGGGCCCCACGGCCACCCCUUCUGCCCGUCCCCGGUCACUGCGGGUGCCUGCCACGCCAGGCCUGCUUUACACUACACUGUCAGACGGAGGGUGGGCACUGACCAGGGAGGCCUUCUCAUCCCGGUGCCUAUGAAAUGUCCGUGUAAGUUCCCUUCUCCGUAAUGAACCUCUCCCCAAAUUGAACUGUUUACACGUGAGCCAAUGGAAAUGUGAUUUCUCGUGCCUUCUCCCCAGCCUUCGGGGGAGACAUCCUCCUACAGAGUUCUGUCUUGUUUGGCCACAAAAGUCCUGUUCUGGGGAAUUAAAGGAAAGUA